UGUGGUGGUUUCCAUAGCCUUGGGGAAAGAGCUGGGCUUGGAGAGGAAGAAGGGGUCCUGGCCCAUUCCCUUGGAGUCCACUAGGUCCGUGGGCACGUACUCCUUGACGGAGCCUACCACGAUCCAUUUAAGCAGCAUGAGGCUGAGCCCCAGGCCGAUGAAGCCGAUGAACAGAGGCACCACGCACAACCACGUCUGCUGCCGGUUCCACACGAUGCAGUCGCUACAGCGUAACUCCCGGGGGGGUUCGGCCGCCCCUUCUCCGCCGCCGUCCGGGCCCCCGCCCGCCGCCGCCGCCGCCGCAGCCGCCGCGGUGCCCUCCUCGGCUGAGGCGGCGGCUGCCGAAGCGGCACCAGGUGGCGAGGCACCGGCCGCCCCUUCACUCAUCCUAGGAGCCGGUCUUCACCUUCGCCCCCCCGAGGGCCGCGCCAGAGGCAUGGGGCCGCGCGGGCCGGGCGCGGGCGCGGGCGCGGGCUCCGGCGGCGGCGGGCUCCGGCUCAGGCAGCGGCCGCGGCGGCCGCAUGCAAAUCGGCUCCCUGCCCCCACGCCCCUCCCCCCGAGAGGCGGGCGACGGGCGGGGAGGAGAGGACGGGGGAGGGGACGCGGGCCGGGGAGGGGGCGGCGAGGCGCUCGGUAGAGGGGCGAGACCAGCCCCGGCGCCGCCGGCCGGUCAGGGAGAGGCGGGACGAGUCUGCAGCCCGCCUAGGUGCCUCCUGCGCGCCGGGGUCCCUCGGCUGCCAGUGGUGCUGAUGCUGAUGCUGCCGUGGAUGCUGAUGCUGAUGCUGCCGCUGGCGCUGAUGCUGCCGGCCGCCUGUGUGCGCUCCAGCCUCGCCGGCAUCCUCGGUGCGCCGCGCCCGGCCCGCUCCCUGGGGCGCCCGGCCGCACCGCCGCUGCCCCCACCUCAAAUCCUCACGUCACCCUCAGGGGCCCGGGAGAGCAGCCUCUGGAUGCUGGGCGCCGACAAGCCGCAUUCCGACACAGGGGGCCAACCUAGCAGCCCCUCGCCCAGCCCCGCACGCCGCGAUGCACGGUGGUUACACGGCGAGCCCCGGAGGUGCACCUGUUCUUCAGCCGGCCCGCAGCCAACCCUCGAUCAACGCUCUCCGGAAGAAACCAAUCCUAGCGCAGCGCGGAGGGCGAGCGACCCGGCUCGCCUCGCUCCCGCCGCCCGCGGCUCUGCGCCGCUACUGCCGCCGCCACCCGUGAGUCAAACUCCAGCAAGCUACGCCGCCGCUCGGAGCGGGGUACCGCGGGGCGCACCCCAACCAGCACGCAGAGGAUCCCAAACACCCCCGGCGCUGCUGCCGGGUCGACCCGGGCUAGCAAAAAAAAAUUGGAGACAGCGACGGGAGUCCCGGACGUCUUGACCGCUGCUCCAAGCGGUUUCUCGCACUCAGUCAGGCGGCUUCGGGUGUGUGUGUGUGUUUGUGUGCGGAGUCGCCGCGGACGGGGUGGGAUUCGGACAGAGUAGCGCCUCCCACCAACAUCUAAUGGUGCUGUCUUACUGCGCGCUAGAUAAAUAAAGGAUCCAAGCGGACCCCAGUUGGAGAUGAAUGGCACCAGGAGCUCUGGAUCAGCCGUGAACAGGUCUCUGGUGCGGACCCUGCGGGAUCAGACACUGAAGCUGCGGGGAGAAUGCGCACGGGCGUGUUAGGUGGGAGGGCGCCUCUGAGCUCCCUUGCCCCGCCGCGGUGCGGCUGGACAGAGAACCACCUUUGCUUUGGAGUUGCUGGGAGCUGCUGCUAAAGCAGAUGACCUUUCUGUGAUCAGAUCUCCAAGACAUUAACUUACCUUUAAAAAUAGUAUUAUCUUUAAAUGUAGGUACGCCCUAGGAAACAAGGAGAGAGGCAAAAAUGAGAAAAGAUGCUGGCUAAAAUUCUCUUAAAUUUCGUAACCUGUUUCUUCCCUUUGGUAGAGGGAGAUCAGAGUACUUCCAAUCUCAGGUACACUGUUGGUACCUCCUUGAGGACCAGGUAGCACAGACAGGAAACGGGUAAGAGCCAGUACUAAUGUGAUAUACGUACGCUGCUCUGCUCCUGUAAAGCCAUGCUUCCCACCCUACGCAGAUUCCUAGGCUAAGGUGGAAACGAAAGAGGCAACUUUUUUUUUUUCAUUUUUUUUAAACAAGUGUCGUGUGAAUCGCAUCUUCUUUAUCUUGUAGCUCCCAGCGCUAUCCGAGAAUGCAAACAGCAUUCUCCUGCCCUAAGAUGCACUCCACAAAGAUGAAGUUUCCUAGGUAUCCAUUUUAUUCACAGGUUAAGAGCAAAAGAGAAUACUACUCUGAGGAGAUGGCAGAGUGCAGAGAAUACAUUCAAACAGGAAGCUCUUGAGGGAUUGUGCCUACCGAGUUCUUUGCACAAGCAUGAUUAAUAAAUUAUUUUUUGAUGGCAGUAAUGUGGCUGUCACCUCUUUCAGCUCUAACACUGAGACUUACCCCAUAGGAAAAUCUUUGGUUUUUAAUUUAACAAAACAUGCCCUAACCCAGUAGUGCUAAAUGCCUUCCAGAAUUUCAACUGGGAAAAAAAAACAAACAAAACAAACAAUCAAAAAACAAACAACACCAAAACAUUAAAUCCGUACUUUUUUGGCUUUCAAAUGCAAAACCCAAGUAAGAAUGCCUUCACCUCCUGUGGGCUGUCAGGCACCUGCUCCUCGCCUUUCUCCAGCAGUAAAAUAAAAGCGUUUCCACAUUGUAGUAGGUGCUGCUGUUGACACUCGAGAAAGAAGACUUCUUUUCCACACUUAGUUCAUCAUCAUCCCUCCCAAAUCCCACCCCCAGUAUUCUGUGUUCUUUGCCUUCUUCCUCCCCCGCUGGAAUAGAUCCAAAACACAAAGAGAGGUGCUGCAAUGCUUUUCUGGAUAAAUGCUCUCUUCUUAAAACCACAGUUGGACAGUAUCCACAUUCUCUUCAUUGCUUCCCAAAGCCUUCUUCACAUCUCUUUCCAAAUUCCCUCCCCUCCUUCUUUCUACUUCGAUUCAAAAGCUUGUUCGUGGUUCCCUAGGAGUUCCUAUUUUCCUGGAACUCCAGUCACUAUAUAUGAGCUACUCUCACCAGGAAGCAUCUCCAGAGGUUUCAGGGCAGCAGAGCCCAUUGUUUUGAUGGUUUUCUCUUAAGGAUCAGGGGGUAACAGUCUAUCUAGAGAAGUUUAGUAGAUAUAACUGUUCUCACUGUGCAGCUGUAUUGUAAAGCUUUCUGGUAGGAGGGUGAUAAGCAUUGGAAUGAAAUUGGGUAUUGUCCACAAAAGAGUCAAGGUCAACGGCUGGACCUUCUGGCCGCUAAAGACUAGACAGCAUUUCAUUAACCAGCAUGAUUUAGAAGCACCAAGGAAGCAAGCCUCUGGGAAUGCCUGAGUGAUCUUCUAGAUUAGGCUAAUUGAGGCAGAAAGACUCACUUAAACUAUAGUCCAUGGGCUUAUGUCUAGUUCUGAAUAAAAUGAAAAAAAAAAAAAAAAGACAGCUGAGCACCAGAUUAAUUCUCUCUGUGUUUCCUGUGGCUGCCAUGUGAGCUGCCACUGCCAUACUCUGCCACUAUACCUGCCUUACUAGAGGAACCAUGUCCCCAAGCUGUGAGCAAGAACCAAACUUUCCUUCCUUCCUUAAGUUACUUUACCCAACUCUUUCAUCACAACUGUGAGACCUGUAACUAAGACACUUACCUGGUAAGGAGCAUCCUGGUUCUAAUGACUCAUAGCUUACUGAGAACAAACACUGAGGAGGUUCAUGUUAAUACACAGUUUCAAGUUAGAGCUCUGUCCCUGGUAGUGAUGAAAUCCCUUUGGACCAGUUUUUCUCAACUAUGAAAUGGAGCUGAUGAGAACCUCAUUAAAAAUCCUUAAUC